UGACACAGGAAAUGAGAAAUGCGCGCAAAAUUGCGGAAAUUUCAACAAUAAUAAAGAAGUGUUUUGUUACAAACAAUGACAUCCGAGUCAGAGCUGUUAGUUUAUUGCAUUGUAAAUGUGACUUCACCCCCGGUAUCAUUGAACAGGAGAAAGGAAACUGGAGCAUUUUACUACCAUUUAGCAGUGCCAAUUCAAGACCAGUUAGUUAUCUUCUGUGAGGGGAAUUGGAACUCGUCUGAGACAGAAUAUACUGUCACACUCACAUACAAAGAUGAUGAAAUAGAACUUGGAAAAAUUACAAACAGCAGCAGGUGUUUGUUUUGGAAGCGAGCUGGGACUGAAGUUCCUGAUUCAAUGACAAGUGAAGAGGAGAAAGGCCUGGCAAAAUUGUUGGUAGAAGCGACAGAGGUGCCGAUACAAGUGGAAAAUAUGGAGACAACAACAGAUGCUAAAAAUAAAACAGACUUGAGACUGGUUAAUGAAAAUACACCACAGUUACCGGGAGAAACUGAGAAUACUCCAGAAAGACCUCAGAAGAAAAGGAAGACGAGUUUAAGUAAAGAUGAGAAAACACCAACAGGGCAAGCAACAAAGAAACAAAAGACACAAAAAGUACCAACAAGAUUAAGAAAACCAAAGGAGGACAGUGAACCGAAAAGCAGAGAUGAAUCUCCAAAGACGGAUAAAAAGUUGGAAAAAAUAGACACAAAACUAACUAAAAAUAAACAAAAAUUGUCAGUGUCUGAAAAGGAGGCCGACAGUAAUGAAAAGUCAGACAAAAAAGACAAGAAGUCAAAAGAAAAGGAUUCCACACCAGAUACAGAACAAAAGUCAAGUAGUAUGAAAAAGGUAGAUCAGAAUACAGAAAAUGUUUCUAGUACUAAAGACUCUAAUACUCCUAAAACUGGAAAAAAUCCUAAAGGUAGUGUAUCAAAACAAGGAAAGCUUACUCCUAGGUCAAAUGUAGAACAAAAUGUUAAUGGUGAUAAAAAUGAAGAAAAUGAGGUUGAUAAGAAACAAAAUGAAAAAGUAAGAAGGAAAUCUGAAACAAAGAAGAAAACCGAUGUAUCUGAGGACACUGAAGUAAAAGCGAAAAGAACUAGAAAGAAAAAAGACAAUCAAAAUGAUAGCAUUGUGGAAGAUAGGGAAAAUAAUGGCUUAGAUGAUAGUAAACUUGCAAAUAUGGACAAGGAAAAUGUGCAAGUUGAUAGCAAUAUUCCAGCUAAUGAAACUGAUCUCAAAACAGAUGCAUUACAAAAAUUACCAGGGAAAGAAUCAAAAAGUUCACUUGCAAUAUCUUCAACAGGGAAGGCAGCAACAUGCAAAGAUCUCACACUUAGAGCCCUAGAUCGCCCUUCUGGAAGAUGGGGACACAGUUUGUGUUUUAUCAGCCGGAAUCUGUCAGUUCUGAUUGGUGGACAGGGUGAGAAACAACAAAUCAGCAAAGACUCAGUCUGGACCCUUGAUUGUGAAACACGACGAUGGAAGGAUCCAACAACAGAAGCAGAGGGCCAGAAACCAGAGUAUCGUAUGGGUCACACUGCUACCUAUGAUCCCCUUGUUAGAUGUAUUUAUGUGUACGGUGGAUCAAAAAAUACACGAUGGUUUCAUGAUGUUCAUAUAUUAGAUAUAGAGGAAUGGAAAUGGCAACUAGUUAAGGUAAAUGGCAAAGCUCCUACCAGGGCAUACCACAGUGCAACGUUAUACAGACAUGAGUUGUGGAUCUUCGGUGGCGUUUACCCUCGACCCGACCCACAGCCAGAUGGUUGCAGCAAUGAGGUUCAUAUCUUUAGUCCGGUAAUGGAGAGCUGGUACUCUCCUAUAGUGUCUGGAGAAAAACCGAUACCGAGAUCAGGUCACUCAGCAACCCUCAUCAAUGAUCAGUUGGUAGUGUUUGGAGGUUGGGAUGCUCCAAUCUCUUACAAUGACCUUCAUGUGCUAGAUAUGAGCAUUGUAGAAUGGUCUCAGCCAAAGGUAACAGGCUCACCACCAAGCCCUAGAAGCUGGCAUGCCUCGUGUGCUCUCAGUGGGAACAGAUUGCUCAUUCAUGGAGGAUAUAAUGGGGACUUUGCUCUCGAGGAUACACACAUAUUUAAACUAGAUGAUUUAAGCUGGGUACGGAUUCAUGUUGAGAACCAGCCAUCUGCGAGAGUUGGUCACAAGGCGUUGUGUAUGCCAUAUCGUCAUGACAACGAAGAAGAGGACGAGGUUAUCAUAUUUGGCGGAGGUGAUAAUGAUGGCGCCUAUUUCAGUGACUUGUACAGUAUCUAUGUACCCUUUCAGCCUGCAACGGUUUCCUGAUUGUAUUGAUGUGACUCCAUUGAUGUCAUUCAAAGUGUGAUUUCUUCUAUAUUAUUGUUUAAUUUGCAUAUUCCAUAGCAGAGAUUUUCUUCUUGAAUUCUAGAAAAUACUGUUUACAUGUAUAUGAUCAACAAGUCUACAGAACUCUAGAGUUGUAGGAGGAAUUUUCUAAGUUUAAAUAAUAUAUUUGAUAAUUUUAAAUUUAUCAUUUAGUCUAGUGUAGGAUAUUUUUUCUUUUUCGUUUUAGCCAUCUUGGAUGGCAAAAUGUUGUUGUUGUUUUCUGUUUAUUACAAGUAUAAGAUAGGAAACAAGUAAAUCUAAAGAUCAAAAUGCCGCAGUGCUGUUUUGAGGGAUGAAAUAAGCAAACAAUUUAUACUGAGAAACAGAUUUUUUUUCAUUAGUCAUGCUUGGUCAUAAUUUGUUUAAAAAGAAGCCCUUAUGGCAAUCUAUUUUUAGCUGACACUUGUUUCCACUGCACAUUUCUAGUUUGUCAGAUAAGUGUAUAAGAUGUUAUUUUUAGCUCACCUGUCACCUAGUGACAAGGUGAGCUUUUGUGAUCACGCAGCGUCCGUCGUCCGUGCGUCCGUCCGUAAACUUUUGCUUGUGACCACUCUAGAGGUCACAUUUUUUGUGGGAUCUUUAUGAAAGUUGGUCAGAAUGUUCAUCUUGAUGAUAUCUAGGUCAAGUUCGAAACUGGGUCACGUGCCUUCAAAACCUAGGUCAGUAGGUCUAAAAAUAGAAAAACCUUGUGACCUCUCUAGAGGCCAUAUAUUUCAUAAGAUCUUCAUGAAAAUUGGUCAGAACAUUCACCUUGAUGAUAUCUAGGUCAAGUUCGAAACUGGGUCACAUGGGGUCAAAAACUAGGUCAGUAGGUCUAAAAAUAGAAAAACCUUGUGACCUCUCUAGAGGCCAUAUUUUUCAUGAGAUCUUCAUGAAUAUUAGUCAGAAUGUUCACCUUGAUGAUAUCUAGGUCAAGUUCGAAACUGGGUCACGUGGAGUCAAAAACUAGGUCAUUAGGUCUAAAAAUAGAAAAACCUUGUGACCUCUAUAGAGGCCAUAUUUCUCAAUGGAUCUUCAUGAAAAUUGGUCAGAAUGUUCAUCUUGAUGAUAUCUAGGUCAAGUUUGAAACUGGGUCACGUGGGAUUAAAAACUAGUUCAGUAGAUCUAAAAAUAGAAAAACCUUGUGACUUCUCUAGAGGCCAUAUUUUUCAUGAGAUCUUCAUGAAUGUUGGUCAGAAUGUUUACCUUGAUGAUAUCUAGGUCAAGUUCGAAACUGGGUCAUGUGGGGUCAAAAACUAGGUCAGUAGGUCUAAAAAUAGAAAAACCUUGUGACCUCUCUAGAGGCCAUAUUUCUCAAUGGAUCUUCAUGAAAAUUGAUCAGAAUGUUCACCUUGAUGAUAUCUAGAUCAAGUUCGAAACUGGGUCACGUGCGGUCAAAAACUAGGUCAGUAGGUCAAAUAAUAGAAAAACCUUGUGACCUCUCUAGAGGCCAUAUUUUUCAAUGGAUCUUCAUGAAAAUUGGUCAGAAUGUUCACCUUGAUGAUAUCUAGGUCAGGUUCAAAACUGGGUCACGUGCGGUCAAAAACUAGGUCAGUAGGUCUAAAAAUAGAAAAACCUUGUGACCUCUCUAGAGGCCAUAUUUUUCAUGAGAUCUUCAUGAAUAUUGGUCAGAAUGUUCACCUUGAUGAUAUCUAGGUCAAAUUCGAAACUGGGUCACGUGGGGUCAAAAACUAGGUCAGUAGGUCUAAAAAUAGAAAAACCUUGUGACCUCUCUAGAGGCCAUAUUUCUCAAUGGAUCUUCAUGAAAAUUGGUGAGAAUGUUCAGCUUCAUGAUAUCUAGGUCAAGUUCGUUACUGGGUCAUUUGUGUUUAAAAACUAGGUCAGUAGGUCGAAAAAUAAAAAAACCUUGUGACCUCUCUAGAGGCCAUAUUUUUCACGAGAUCUUCAUGAAAAUUGGUGAGAAUGUUCACCUUGAUGAUAUCUAGGUCAAGUUUAAAAGUGGGUCACGUGCCUUUAAAAACGAGGUCAUUAGGUCAAAUAAUAGAAAAACCUUGUGACCUCUCUAGGGGCCAUAUUUUUGAAUGGAUCUUCAUGAAAAUUGGUCAGAAUUUUUUAUCUUGAUGAUAUCUAGGUCACAUGUGCUCAAAAACUAGGUCACUGUGUCAAAUAAUAGAAAUAACGACGUCAUACUCAGUUCACACUGGGUCAUGUGGGGAUAGGUGAGCGAUUCAGGACCAUCAUGGUCCUCUUGUUAAACUUUGUUAGUGUUAAUAUUUUCAGUUUUUGGAAGUGAAACUUUUUUUUAUGAUUUUGCUUUUCUUGUUAUGAUAAGUUUUGUUACUUUAAGCAAUAGAUCUUAUUUAAUGGAAUAGUACAGUAUGUUAACACUGAACUGUCUUCUGCAAUAGUUCAUUGUCAUUGCCAUUGAUCGCCUCACACUUAAAAGGCUUUGCUGGCGAUUGAACUGGGCCUUAGAAAGUUGUAGCCACUUUUUGAGAGAAACUGCCAAAUUGAAGCUGAAUUGCUGAAAUUUGGCCGCAUUUUGAUAAAUUCUGCGUAGUCAGUUUCAAAAAUCUGUAGCCAGUUCUUUGAAUUUGUAGCAUUUAGCUACAUUUGGAGAAUGGCAGAGGAGGCCCUGUUGAAUUUAAAUACUGUACUUGUGCAGCUGUAAGGGACGACUUAAAGGCUCUCUUUGUACAUGUUUUAAAAACAGCUAAAACACAUCUUCAUCAUAAUGAGGCAGUUGUAGUAUGCAUUGGUGUCUAAUGCAAUGGAGGAGCUUUAAAAUUAAUGCAUUUGGAUCUACCCAUGGGAUAAGUGCUCCUGGCAAAAGUUGACCUUAUCAUUCAUUCUUAAUUUAUUCUAUACAUCUGAUAUUUGACUGGGAACAAGUUGAAAUUGUUUAAACAUUUAGAAAUAUAUAGGUUAUCUAGGCUAACAAUACUGUUUGAAAAGUACAUUAUAUAUGAUAAAUGAGGACGGACCGUGCUAGACUUUUAUCUCUCUUAUCUUUGGCAAGGAUAAGGCUUAAUUGACUUAAUUGUAGAGUGAUGUUUAAUAUGUCAUUGAUAUUUUGUUUAGGUGACACUUAGAUGGUCCAAGUGGAAAUACCUCUGCCACUCUGUAACCCUUUAUUUCUGAUUUUUUUAAGCUCGACUAUAUUAAGUAUAUGGAGAGCUAUCCUACUCACACCCUGGUGGGCGGUGUCUCUCCACGUCCCCACCUUGGUUAAAGUUUUUUUUUUACACUUUCUCUUUUUUCUCCUUAUCUUAUGUAAUUACUUGAUGGAUUUGCUUUAAACUUAAAAUAGUUAUUCCUCAUCAUCACCCACAUCAUCUGGCUCAAGGGUCCUAACUCUCACACCAAUUGUCUACCGACAGUUAAUAAAAAUUGACUUGACGACCAAUAUUUCAUGAAUUAUCCCCCCUUUUUACUUAGAAUUUCAGGUUUAAGUUUUGAUGCAUUAUUAUUACUAAUUAUGUCUUCCCCCCCCCCCUCUGGGGGAGACAUAUUGUUUUUGCCCUGUCCGUCCGUACGUCACACUUCAUUUCCGAUCAAUAACUGGAGAACCAUUUGAUCUAGAACCUUCAAACUUCAUAGGGUUGUAGGGAUGCUGGAGUAGACGACCCCUAUUGUUUUUGGGGUCACUCUGUCAGAGGUCAAGGUCACAGGGGCCUGAACAUUGAAAACCAUUUCCGAUCAAUAACUAGAGAACCAAUCAUCCUAUGAAGUUUCAACAUUCUGGGUCAAGUGACUUGACCCAGAAUGUUGAAACUUCAUAGGAUGAUUGGUCAUUUAUAGUAGACGACCCCUAUUGUUUUUGGGAUCACUCCGUCAAAGGUCAAGGUCACAGGGGCCUGAACAUUGAAAACCAUUUCCGAUCAAUAACUAGAGAACCACUUAACCCAGAAUGUUGAAACUUCAUAGGAUGAUUGUACAUGCAAAGUAGAUGACCCCUAUUGAUUUUGAGGUCACUGUGUUAAAGGUCAAGGCCACAGGGGCAUGAACAUUGAAAACCAUUUCCGGUCAGUAACUUGAGAACCACUUGACCCAGAAUGUUGAAACUUCAUAGGAUGAUUGGUCAUGCAGCGUAGAUGACCCCUAUUGAUUUUGGGGUCACUCUGUUAAAGGUCAAGGUCACAGGGGCCUGAACAUGGAAAACCGUUUCCGACCAGUAACUUGAGAACCUCUCGACCCAGAAUGUUGAAACUUUAUAGGAUGAUUGUUCAUGCAGAGUAAAUGACCCCUAUUGUUUUUGGGGUCACUCCGUUAAAGGUCAAGGUCACAGGAGGCUGAACAUGGAAAACUGUUUCCGGAAAAUAACUUGAGAACCUCUCAACCCAGAAUGUUGAAACUUCAUAGGAUGACUGUUCAUGCAGAGUAAAUGAGCGCUACUGGUUUUGGGGUCACUCCGUUAAAGGUCAAGGUCACAGGGGCCUGAACAUGGAUAACUAUUUCCGAUCAAUAACUUGAGAACCUCUUGAUCCAGAAUGUUGAAACUUCAUAGGAUGAUUGGACAUGCAGAGUAGAUGACCCCUAUUGAGUUUUGGGUCAGUCUAUUAAAGGUCAAGGUCACAGGGGCCUGGUCAUGUAAAAUCAUUUCCGGAAAAUAACUUGAGAACCACUUAACCUAGAAUGUUGAAACUUAGUAGGAUGAUUGGACAUGCAGAGUAGAUGACCCCUAUUUAUUUUGGGGUCACUUGGUCAAAGGUCAAAGUCACAGGAGCCUGAACAGUGUCUUUAGAACCACUAGGCCAAGAGUGUUGAAACUUAGCGGGAUGACUGGACAUGCCAAGUAGAUGAUCCCUAUUGCAGCCAACCAUCAGUGUCUCUUUGACUUUCGCUCCAGACCCCUAUUGACUUAUUGCCUAUAGGACUUUGCAUUGGGGGAGACGUGCUUUUUUACAAAAGCAAUUUCUAGUUGGAUUUGGUUCAAACUGAAAGUAGUUGUUCCACAUCAUAUGACACAAGGUCCAUAACUCUGGUACCGAUAUUUGAUGAAUUAUCCUCAACUUUUACUAAGAAUUUCAGGUUAAAUUUUUGAUGCACCUUCACUCUAUCUCAGUUAUUACUAAAUGGAUUCGAUUCAAACUUAAAGUAUUUGUUCCGCCUUAACUCCCACAUCAUAUGACACAAGGUGCAUAGAUCUGUUACCAAUUUUUCAUGAAUUAUGCCCCCUUUUACUUAGAAUUUAAGGUUAAUUUUGAUGCAUUUUCACUAUAUCUUAGUUAUUACUUAAUGGAUUCGAUUCAGACUUGAAGCAGUUAUUCCACUUUGCACCAAUAUUUUAUGAAUUUUGCCCCCGUUUUGCUUAGAAUUAUACUUAUUUAGUGCUUUGAUACACUUUAUCUUUAUUUCUCUUAUUACUUAAUAUUUUUGACACAGACUCAAGCUAUUGUGCAAUAUCUGUAUCCACCAUUGGAGUCAUUAAACAUUCUAGUGUCAGCUCCAGCUUCCUCAGAUAUGCCCAGUUUCACUAUCCAGCAUUGAAAUAGUCGAGCGCGCCGUCUCCUAUGACAGCUCUUGUUGUGUUUCAGAAUAGUUAGAUUUAUUAUCUUAUUUUAUGUAGAAGUUGUAUGUAAUCAGUUUUAUAAUUUAGUAAAUUGUGUAAAGGCAAUGGAAAACACUUGAUUUGGACAUAAUCUUGGCAUUUGUAAAUAUAAUCACUUCUGUUACAUAUGUUUAUUCUCAAAAUAUUGGUAUAAUGUAAUUCUGUGACAAAUAAAUCUUACAGAAAAUUGUA